UCUGAAGUAGCAACUCCAAUCGAAACGCCAGCUAUAUCUCACCCACUAAGAUCUGCGGCGUUUCGAUAGGCGGAUAGAGUUCGCCACAGUAUCAUGCUUCUAGGUUAUAAAAUACUAAACUUUGUGGUUAUGAAAAAAUGCCUAGAGACUUGUCAAUAAGUACACGAUUCUCGAUAACUGGCUGAAUAGUUAAAUGUUCAAGCGAAAAUGGACUAUGUAGAGGAACAGAAAAGUGAAAUAGAAGCCCUAGAAUCGAUAUACUAUGGGGACUUUGAAAUUAUAACGGCGAAGCCCUAUAAAUUCUCAAUACCGAUCAAAACAGAGGACUACGAUCCGGAAAGCAAUACUGGCUUAUUGUGCGACUUAGUAGUUACUUAUACCCCAAAAUACCCCGAUGAAGAGCCGAUAGUGGAAAUAGAAAAUGCGGAGAACUUCGAGGGCUCCUUCGAGUCUGAGCUGCUCAAACAUCUGGACGAACAGAUAAAGGAAAACCUAGGUACAGUGAUGAUAUUCACUCUAGUUUCCACAGCCCAAGAGUGGCUGCAUAGUAAAUAUGAGGCAGAUAAGAAGAACAAAGAAGAAAGAGAAGCUAGAAAAAUACAGGAGCUUGAAGAAGCCGAACGUAAAAGGUUUGAGGGUACAAGAGUUACAAUCGAAACGUUCCUAAAAUGGAGACAACAGUUUGAGGAGGAUUUUGGGAUAGACAAAAAGAGGGAACUGGCUGAGAAAGAGGGUAGAAAAUUAACAGGUCGUGAGCUAUUUAUGACCGAUAAUACGCUGAAUGAAUCCGAUCUCAAGUUCCUAGACGAAGGAGAUCGUGUAAAAGUCGAUGAAUCCUUGUUUCAAGAUCUCGAUGAUCUUGACCUGGAUGAUGAGGAUGAUGAAGACUUUGAUCCCAAUAACUACAACAGCGAUUCCUCAUAGAUAAUUGUAGGAAUUUUAUAGUUUGUGUUUAAAAAAAUUAGAUAGAAAACAUUGCGCGCUAAAACUAGAGGAAGAUAAAAACCAAUUUAUGGUCA